UAGCGCGGCUGGCAAGCGAUCGAGUUGUGGCGAAUAAGGAAAGUUGCGCGUACGCAAGCACAUAAACGCGCGUUGAAAAAAAAAACGAAAACAACAGAACUAGUUAUAUAUGUAUAUGUAUAAGUGUAUACAUAAGUAUAUAUGUAUGUAUAUAUUAUAAAACAAAAGCAAGGAAAAUUGAAAUGUUGAAACAACAUAUUAAUUAAGAAUAAAGUGAAUAACUAAUAUAAAAUCAGGCUUAUGAGUGAGUGCUCCAAUAAUCCACAGUGCAGUUUGUGUGCUAAUGUUUGGUUAAAAUGAAAUUGAAACCUGAAAUUGUUAUGCAAAUAAGCUGAUUUCAUACGAAUCGUUUGCGAAUGCUAUUGUGAAAGAAAUUUUUUUUUGCCACAUUUUUCACUCUAUUGAAAGUUGGAGCAGUCGGAAGUGAGCGCAAAAGAAAAAAAGAACUUCCUUACCAAGUGAGGAAUGCUAAACAAACGGGGUUAAUGUUAAGGCUAUGCAUACAUACAUAUGUACAUCUUUAAACUGAGUUGUAAUGAAAAAGCCAAAGGCGGUGUAGUGCGUGAGUUCUGUUCUUAUAUCUUUAAUGAUAAUUCAAUUUGGUUGUAUUAAAAUUAAGAGAAAAAAUUUACUUAAGCAAAAAUUAAACAAAUGAAGAGUGCAAAAAAUAUUAAAAAUUAUUUUCCAAGCAAAACUUGACCAAAAAAACCAUUGAUGUUUAAUGAUGUUUGAAUAAAAGUCGCAAAAGAAUUAGCUAAAAUACCGUUAUUAUUUUAUAAAUGCAGUGCAGUACAUAAUUCUAUGUCCUCUUGAGUGAUUGAGGCUAAUAUAAAUAUUUAUUGUUGUUGUUGUGAAAAAAUAUGUAAUUAGUGUCAAAAACCACUGCAAGUCUAAAUAACGGUUUAUAUUGAAAAAAAAUAUAAAUAAAUAAAAUUAAAAUAAAAAUUUUAAAUAUUAAAAAAAAAUACAAACACGUCAGUAUAAAUAAAUGCAAAAAUCCAGUAAAACGCCAUCACAUCGAAACAUAUACAUAUAUAUUCGCUGACCACAUUACAUCUGCGCACCUAAAUACCUACAUACACACCACUUCGUGUUACGUACAUUGUAACAAGUAUGAUGCACAUUAAUGCCAACGUGAAACUGUAGAAAUUGAAGUAAAUAAAUAAAACACAAUAAAACAACCGAAACUCUCGACUCGCAUCGCAGACGUGUCGGAAUUUCGAUAAUGAGGCGUCAGUAAGCCAUUGGCCGUAGAGCAAACAACGCGCGAACGAGACAUUCGUAGAAAAUUCGUUUUUCAAUACGAAACCGCAAUGCAUCGCGCAUGCUAGGCGUGUGCAUGUAGUGGCUGCGGGCGUCACGUGAAGGGUGCAAUUCACCUGUUCGGCAUUGAUGGUGACGGUGACGGUGACGGCGGCGCUGCUGGUGACGGUGCUUGUGACGAUCGUUCGCCAUGCGAGUAUGCUUGACAGAAGCCAGCUAUUAGCGAAGCAUUUACAGCUAUGAAAAUAAACGACGCGCUUCGUUAUUGUUAUUGAGCGAUCACUGUUGUUGUUGACAAUAUUAUUGCAGCAGUUUUGCGCUUGCGCUGACAGUUCAACUGCUUGAUUGCGCCGAUCGUUGGCAGUGUCAAGUGACUGCUUAAUCUGUUAUCGCUUACGUUUGUUCCUGACUGCAGCCUGCAGCUACAUCCAUCCAGAGUAUUCCUCAUCAUUUUCCUAGGCUAAAAUAUGACCGUGUCAUAUGCUGGUGAAGUGCCGAAUGGCAGUAGCUUUGGCUGUUUCUGGCGCAUUCUAUGGAAAUGGCGUGGCAGCGUUUACAAAUUGGUGUGGCGUGAAUUGAUCGCUUACUUAUGCCUUUAUUAUACAAUUAAUUUAGUCUAUAGAUUCGUAUUAAAUGAACAACAACAAUUAAUUUUUACCAAAGUCCGCAUAUAUUUCGGUCAACAGGGCGAAAGCAUACCCAUGUCCUUCGUGCUGGGUUUCUAUGUAAAUAAGGUGGUGCAACGUUGGUGGGAGCAAUAUAGAUUAUUGCCGUGGCCCGACACUUUGGCGCUAUUUAUCAGCGCUGCCAUACCAAACGCCACCGGCGGCGCAACGAAGAAUGAGACGGGUCGCCUGAUGCGACGUAACAUAAUGCGUUAUAUGGUGCUCGCCUACGUCAUCACGCUGCAGCGCAUUUCACUGCGCGUGAAGCGUCGCUUUCCCACCACACAACAUCUCGUGGAUGCUGGUCUCAUGCACGAGUCUGAGUCGAAAAUUUUCGAUGCACUUAAUGCCAAAAGUCCCAUGUCCAAGUACUGGAUGCCAUUGGUGUGGGCGACAAAUAUUAUAAAUCGCGCACGUAAGGAGGGUCUGAUCACAUCCGAUCACAUUGUACAAACCAUACUGAUGGAAUUGUCCGAUAUACGACGGCGACUGGGUGGUCUGAUCGGAUAUGAUACGGUGUGCGUGCCGCUGGUGUAUACGCAGGUUGUGACACUGGUGUUGUACACGUAUUUCAUAGCUGCGCUGGUCGGCCGACAAAUGCUGCCGAACAUGCCCGAUGCCAAAGAUCCAGACUUGUAUUUCCCGUUCUUCACAGUAUUGCAGUUUGUAUUUUAUGUUGGCUGGCUAAAAGUCGCUGAAGUGUUAAUAAAUCCAUUCGGUGAGGAUGAUGAUGAUAUUGAAUUGAAUUGGCUCAUCGACCGGCACAUAAAGGCCGCCUACUUGAUCGUCGAUGAGAUGCACGAGGAGCAUCCCGAAUUGCUGCGCGAUCAGUAUUGGGAAUGUGUGGUGCCCAAAGAGUUGCCAUAUACCGUCGCCUCUGAGCACUAUCGACGUGAGGAGCCCAAAGGUUCGGCGGAAAAUUAUAAAGUGAAGAAAGAGGAUGCCAUGUACGCCAAUAUAGUGCCAGGUGGUGGUAAACGUGGACUCGUCGACGAUGUCUACGCUGAUUAUGAGAGCGUUGACACACCAAUGGUUGAGCGACGUAAAAAUAAUAAUUGGCUCGUACGGCAACUCUCACGUAUGGGCUCCAUACGCAGCCAAUCGACAGCUUAUUCAUCGAGUGGCAUGGCCUUUAAUCGGAAUCGUCUCAAUUCGGUCUACUCCAGCCCUGAGUCCGGCAUACCGGUUAACAUAUUACAGCAACAGCAACAAGCACAACAACAACAACAGGGUCAAGCAGGGCAAAUACAAUCGAAGCCGAGUUUUUACGGCAAGUUUGUGAAUCGUAAAUCGCAACGCGCGCAAAAACAGUUGAUUAAACAGAACUCAAAGCUGAAUGGUCUCAAUGUCAAUGUACCCAAGACACGACCACGCAUACCCACGCCUGACGCUUCCAAAGAGUUGGGCGAAAAAGAUUUGAAUGGCACGAAAACCGUCAUUAUGACACCACAGUUGAGCACUCAAACCUCCAUGUAUCCCUACACGAGCACCAACAAUCAGGAUGGACCUGUUUUGGGCACACUUCUAUUAUCGCCCAUUAAAGAGAUGGAUAGCUCAUCUUCCAAUAAUACUUUGAUUCCAGGACAUCCGACAACAACGGCAUUGGCGCAAGCUGUGCUACCAGCCAACUUGAAGGACAUGAACUUUGGCGUUGCCUCGCCCACAGCGCCCGUCACCACAAAUAUUACGACACUCUCUUUCCCCUUCACAAUGAGCACCAGCGCGACGGACUCAUUGCCCGCUGGCACACUGAAUAUCGUACCCAUCGGUGCCACACAAAUGCCGACCAUCACCACCACCGCCAGUGGUUUCGACGCCAGCGAUCUCAUCACAACAAUUCCCGUCUCACUGUCCAUACAACGCUCGCCAUCGAUGCGCUCCAUCAACGACUUCAGCGGCAAUGAAAAUGUGGAUGUGCCACAUAACCUAACUGGUGGCAAUGGCGGUGGUGGUUUGGUCGCCACCACAAACAACGCCAUACUCACUAUAAAGCCACUGAAUGGCGUUGACAAUAUUUCACGCAACAAUAGUUUUAAUGCCAACUUGAAUCUAAAUCUGCAAGACUCAUACAUACUAGAGCGAAAUGCAUCGGUGCGUUCGACUGGGCAACCCAUCGGCAGUAGUGUCACGGAUGGACCGACAACGGCGCCUCGUGACGCUUCUGUAGAGGGUAGAACAGAGAGUGUGGGUGCCAGUGGCGCUUCGGCGCCCUCUACUUUGGCGAAGCGCACACCCGAGCCGGCGAAAGGCACGAAGGAGGUUUAUGUGUAGGGCGAAAGGUGUUUGUCAGAAGGCGUAUUAGAGAGACAGCUGCUCUUAUUUAUGCGUUUGUAAAUAUUGAAUUCAAAGUUGUUAGCUAAUUUUUAAUAAUUCAAGUAUGAUAUGCUUCAUAGCUAAAUUUCUAGAACUAAAAUUGUUUUCGGUAAUAAUAACAACAAUAAUAUGAAUAAUAAAAAUAGUAAUUAUUAUUAAUAAUCUUAUUAUUACUAUUACUAUUAGGCCAAACUAUACCCUAUAUAUGUAUAACUAUUUCACUCGAAUAGCAUAUAACGGAGAUCAAAUACAUCUAUAAAUAUAUAAUAAGCUUUUACGAGACACGCUCUAUGCAUUCCUUAACGCUGGCGAUAUAACGGUGUUUUAGGCAUAGAAAUCAUAAAAAUCAAAAGCAACAAACGGUUCUUUCAAUUAUUAGCUCCGCAAAAUAUAAUUCAUUAUGUUUAGUUAAUAAAUGUUGUAUUUUAUUUAAUUUUAUAGCUUUAUGUAAUAGCGUGCAAGUAUGUAUAUACACAUUAUAUAUAAAGUUUUAUGUAAUAAUUUGCUAUAAAUAUUAAGUUUAUUCAAUUAAUAUUUGUAAAUAAAUUGAAUCUCUACAAAAAUCUAAAACCGAAUGCAACCUUUUGUGAUAUUUGUCAUAUAUACUUUAUAUAUAUGUACAUAUACUAUAUAUAUGUAUCUUUAUAUGCAUACAUAUCCACAUCUAUGCCGAUGUUAAGAAAAUUGUAAACACUUGCUUCUAGUUGCAAUAUUAAAUACUAUAUAUGUAUAUAAUAUACUACAUAUAUAAAACUAGAAUUGAUUUCAAAAUUGUUGAUCAACUUUUAUGUUAUUUAUAUAUAUGUUUGAAAAUAUAUAUACAUAGAUGACUUUUGUUUAAAUUACUAUACAUAUGUAUGCGAAAAGUUGUGCGAAAUUUUUAUUUUUUA